AUGGUAGACAAACCGCCCUCUGCCUCUGGCGCUGCGCCGAAGAAAGCGGCCUCAUCAUCGUCUGCAGCAUACAUCUCCUCAUCAGGACAUGUUCUUGAAACACCUCCUCUCUCCGCCCGCAUCUCUCGCCUCUCCGACAGCAUCUACAACUUUAUCGGCUUGUAUUUCGUGUCGCUGUUCAGGGCCCUAACGCGUAUCAGGAGAGAGCGCGGUGGGGUGGUGCCAAUCGAUCUGCGACGGGUGGAAGAGCUGGACCUCCUGGGCGUGGAGUUGGAGGUGGACCUGGACCUGGAAGUGGAAGUGGAAGUGCAGGCAGGAGAUUCGGCGGCAUCGAUGAUGUUCGAGAGCCGGAGUGCGGAAGCUGUGGGUGAACAUUCACAAUUCACAAUUCACAGCACAGUUCACAGUGAACUGUGA